AUGCAAUCGUUAAUAAUAUUUUUCUUUGUCGUUGGUGUUUGCUCUUCGGCACACCUGCCUUCCACUUUCCAAAAAUGCAGCAGAAAUAAAAGCGACUUCCGCCAAUGUUUGGUAAAAGCCGCCGACAAUUGUGUUAGCCAACUCAACCAUGCGAUCCCAUCAGCUGGUCUGAUAAACCUGGAACCACUGGAAAUUCCCUUUAUGUUCAUACCACCAGGAAGUGGUCCCACAAAAUUCGACCAAAAUUACACCGACUUGAAAAUUUCAGGACUAACUAAAACAAAGUUUUCGACAUUUGAUGUGGAUUUUGAUAACAAGAUAAUAGCUACUCAUUUCACGAUUCCUGAAUUAGUGUUGAAUUUUACUUAUGAUGUGGGGGGAAAGAUUUUAGUUUUUCCCUUGAGUGGACACGGGCCUGGACUUAUAAUUCUUGAUGAAAUGGUUUGUAACUACACUUGUCAUUUUGAAGAGUAUGUCAAAAAUGGCGAAAAAUACUUUAAAAUAACAAGAAGCGAGCUUUUGAUGCAACCUAACUCCGUUCAUUACAAACUUGAUAAUUUGUUCAACGGUGAUGAACAAUUAGGAACGCAAAUAAAUAAGGUUCUUAACGACAACUGGAGAGAUCUUUACGCAGAUGUUAAGAGCGGCUACGAAGAAGCUUACAACAAAAUCUUCAACAGUGUUUUUUCUAAUUUCUUUAAUAGAGUACCUGUUUCGGAACUUUUUGGAUGACUGCAUUAUUUGUCUUUUCCA